AUGGGUAAUUACGACAGUGAUGAAGACACAGACACUGACUUUGACACCCAGCUGGUAAUUCAUCAGAGUUUACUUAGGGAUAUUUACAAGUUGGGAGCAACAGAACACGUACCUGAUGAUACCAGCUUCCAUUCUUUUUUGAGUGCUGACUAUAAGAAGAUACUUAAAGCAAUAGAGGCAGUAGGUGAGGAAGAUGCAUUGUCACACUUAACCACGUGCCAUUCUGCUUUUGAUGAAGCAGAUGGGAUAGGCUGGAUUCCUCUUCAUAAGGCUGCAGUGCAGUUAAAUAAGAACAUUUUAGAAAUGACACUGAGAGCUUCAAAACCCAGUAUGUGGGAGCAAACAACCCACAAUGGAGAAACACCACUGUUUUUGGCUGUCAGCAAUUGCCUCUUGGAAAAUGCCAGUUUUCUUCUUCUCAAUGGUUGCAAUCCAAAUGCUAAGAAUUUUGAAGGCAAUUCUCCUCUUCUAACAGCUGUUUUACGUGACUCCUAUGACAUGGCCGCUUUGCUGAUCAGCCGUGGAGCAGAUGUCAAUCUGCGGUGUGCCAACGAGAGGACAGCUCUCCAUGAAGCAGCCAAGCUAGGCAGACAGGACAUGGUGAAGCUUAUGCUGCUUUCUGGGGCACAGCCUGACCCACAGAGCUCCUAUGGAUUCACUCCUCUUGCUCUUGCUGCCCAAGGAGGACACACUGAAAUUAUGGAACUAUUACUACAGAAAGGUAAGAUUUUCUAUAGUCAGCACACUACCAGGGGCGCUAAUGCUCACGUUCAGGCCUCUGAUGCCUCUUCCAUCUUACUUGAAGCUGCUAGAGGAGGAAAUCCAGACUCUGUGACUCUCUUGCUAGAAUAUGGAGCUGAUGCCAAUAUCCCUAAGAAUUCAGGCCACCUGCCUAUUCAUGUAGCAGCUGACAGAGGCCACUUAUUAGCUCUGAAGAUGUUGGUUCCAGUUACAGAUAUUGCUGCCAUCAAGCAGAGUGGGAUAAGUCCAGUUCACUGUGCAGCAGCCGGAGCUCAUUCUCAGUGCCUGGAACUUCUCAUACAGGCAGGAUUUGAUGUGAAUUUCAUGUUAGAUCAGAGAAUUCGAAAACAUUAUGAUGACCAAAGGAAAUCAGCUUUGUAUUUUGCUGUAUCAAAUGGUGACCUCUCUUCAGUUAAGCUGCUUCUGAGUGCUGGAGCUCUACCCAAUCAAGACCCAGUUAACUGCCUACAGAUAGCCCUCAGGAUGGGCAACUAUGAGCUAAUAAAUCUUCUGCUGAGGCAUGGGGCCAAUGUCAAUUACUUCUGCAGGGUCAACCCUUUACAUUUCCCAUCAGCACUGCAAUACACAUUGAAAGAUGAAGUCAUGCUCAGAAUGCUGCUGAAUUAUGGAUAUGACACAGAGCGAUGUUUUGAUUGUCCUCAUGGGGACAAAGUUCAUCGUUCCCAUACUUUUGAAGGCUGGACACCUACAGUUAUUAAAGAUACUAUGUUCUGUGAAGUAAUAACUUUGUCAUGGCUGCAACACCUCUCUGGGAAAGUUGUUCGAGUGAUGCUUGAUUAUGUUGAUCAAGUUCAGAUCUGUUCAAAGUUGAAAGAUGUGCUCCAAAAACAGAGGCUCUGGUCAGAAAUACAUUUUAUCAUGACAAACCCUCGCUCUCUAAAACACUUAUGUCGCCUUAAGAUCCGGAAGUGUAUGGGGCGUUUACAUUUGCGCUGCCCAGUCUUCAUGUCAUUUCUUCCAUUACCCAAUCGUCUAAAAGCAUACAUCCUUUACAAAGAAUAUGACCUUUAUGGGCAAGGAACUUUUACUGGGACCUGGUAA